CCGCGGAGGUAUAACUCUAUAGAGAAGCGACAGAGCUGCCUCGGGAGUUGAUUGGCCGCUCGGCAACAUGCUGCUUGCCGUGAAGGGAUUCUAGGCGAGGCCAGGCAGUGGUUGAUUGCCGUCGGCUGGUGGCCUUGGGGUCUCUGGUAGAACUAGCAAGCCGGUCGGACGAGGCUGGUGUUGGCGACGUCAUAUAGUCCGAAGAGCGAGGAGUUGUCAGUAUGUUGAAGUUGGGUGAAUAUGUCAUGUGAUGGGCUGGUGUUGGAUUGGAGUCGUAGAUGUAUUAGAGAGGCGUCGUGUUAUGGAUCGGUGGUUAGCACAGGUGACAAAGACGAUGGGCGAUUGGCGAAGCAGAAGCAUUCCUAGGCCUGGGGAAGCUGCAGGGCUUUGGCCGCCGCUGGCACCGUGUCAACCACACCGUCCCUAGAUGCAAGCAUCGCAUCCAGGCCAUGUGCGACGUCUCCAACCAUGACAUUGACGUGUCAGAAGUCGUGCGAUACUGUGCAAUCUUGUGUUGCAUCGGAUCAUCGCGGUGGAGAGAGAGAGAGCUGAAUUGGAGAGAGGGAUCCAAAGGGGAGCUUGGAUUGUGCUCCCCUGACGACUGGCCCUGGUGAAGGUGAGAGAGAGCGUGAGAGCGGGAGCGGAUCGGCAAGGCUUGAGCAAGGACAGGCGGAGCGGAGGAGAGAAGGUCGGUCGAAUCAGCAAUGCGGAGCUGGAGCCAGUGGUGUGACAAACAAACGGCCAAGAGUGAGGCUAUACUGAACUGAAUAGUGUGUAUUAUGGAUUUGUAAAAUAUUAGUAGUACAAAACAGAGCAGGACCAGGCAAGGGGGACAAGAACAGCAAGGCCAUGGCUGGAUGAUUGGUUGGUGACUGUAGACGGCUGAUGCGUGAAGGAGGAGAAAAGAUUCAUGCUGGAUGUUCAAUUUUGGCUGGAGUGAGUCUGUCUAUGCCUGGUCAUGUGCAUGUACGAGUAUUGCUUGUGCCUGCCGUUUGAGUGCGGUACUGUGCAGAUGGCAUCAGCUUGAUACUGUGUGGCCUCCUUCGCAACAGGCGAUCACUGCCGUUCUGAGUCGGUGAUGGACAGAGGAAAGAGCGUUCGCCGUAUUUGCUGCGGGGCAGCAGCCUGGGGUUUGCGAGUCAAUUUGACGAAUAACGCCGAUUGUUUAGAUGGGGUUUUCUGUUCCUGUUCUUGCCCUCUUUUUUUUGGGUACCUGUAUGUAGUACCUGGGGUUUCACUGGGGCCUGAGAUGAGAUGCCAUCAUCCCCUUUCACCAGGAACACGGCGGUAAAGACGACUUAUCUUACGCUUUACACUCAUACUGACGAAAGCGACCAGACUCUCUACUACAGCUCUCAUAGACCAGCUGCUACCACUACCGACUGCCGCUCGUCUGCAUUGCCGUGCCAAAGCCGGCGGAGGAUAAUCUGAGCCAGGGCGACGUCAUUUGGCCAAAGCCGGGGAAAGUGGAGAGCCCACUAGCCAACCGCCCAGGCGCUUCUUCAGUGGCGCCGAGGCCUAACAGGCCCUGGGCGUCGGGAGCUAGGCCGCGAGCGGACAAGGGCGGGCUUGGGCGAGCUUGAACCUCCAUCUUUUGGACAGGCCAUGAUGACAAUACACGUACCUAUCUACGAGCAAUAUGGAGGAGCCAGGUCUAUUGUUCGGCUGCUCUUGGGCGUGUAUGUUCACGGAUUACCCAUAUGUGCAGACUACCUACGUAGGUGCUAUUAGUAGGCGUUAAUAUUGCUACAAUAAUCUUACUCGUACUACCAGGAAAAAGGCCCUGCUGGUAGCUGUAGAGACGGAUUGAGUAUUGAAACGCCGGUACAUACCUCUAUGGAGGACAGACAAGGAUGGAGCGAAAGCGCCCCCAAAACAGCCAGAAGAGAACAUAGCACCACACACCACACCGCAGCAAUAUGCAUGCACGUCAAUGGGUGCUUGCUCCUCAAGUAAUAAGUCUCGAACAGAACAGAGAUGCUGCUGAUAAAUAUCCUCGACAAACACCGGCAACUUGCUGCCGAGCGCCCAGCGCAACACUCGUACUCUCACAACAGCCAGUCUUCUUGGCAGACCACAUCCUCGCUGAACUACCUACAUCUGUAUUAUCGCCUUCAGGCGACCAGCUUCUAGUGGCCAUCUAGACGAACCGAGUCCAGUCCCCCCUCCCCCCCAAUUCUCACGCCCCUCCUCCCCCAACGGCCAGACUCUCGGCGACAUGCAACCCCCCAGAUGACCCCGGGGGGACGCUUGCAAUGACCCAAAUGGAACCGGCCGGCGAUCCUCCAGCAUGGGGCUUAGUUCGGGGCCGGGUUGGCACGAGCUUUUCCAACUCUCGCGCCGUGGAAACAGACGUUGAACCGCGAUUCUACGUGUAACAGUGAUCCGUACCAUUGUCUUUCGCGUCUCAUUAUUGGCAGGACCAGCAAUGGAAGAAGCAUGCGUAAAACUACUAGUCAUAAUACAUACACGUGAGGAGUCAGAGCUGGAAAGCUCAACAACCGGGGCCCCAAGGAUUCAGAAAUGGCAAGACUUCGGCCUGUGUGACGGCGGGUGGUGUUACCGGCCUUGAUGCCAUGUAUGGAAGUACAUGUAGGGGCCUGUGUUCGUGCUCGUACAAGGACUGCUCGUAAUGGCACCACGAAUGGCGGAGCUGAUGCUUUUUUGCUGCUGUUAGUCGAAAGGAUCAUGAGCGGUGAUGCUGCCGUACGUGACACGGCCUGUUGCUGCAUCGAUUGGGUUUGCAGGAUCGUAUCAUGUGCAGAAUUGCGACUUGAUGUUGGGCACUUGGAUGAUCCUGAAAGCUGAGGCACAAGCGAGAAGAUCACCUCAACUGUUGGGAGGUACCUACAGAACAGAACAGUCAGUACACUUGUUGGCACAAUCAUUCCACCACACUUCUUGUCAGGUGUCGGUCAUCGAUCCCAGAUUGUACUCAUCCUCGCACCUCGUACCCCAGACAGCCACACUACCUGAGUAUUGAACCAAUACUAUCCAAGUCCAUCCCCAGUCCCAAUAAUCCUGGGGACACAGACAUUGAACCAGAAAAUACCAGGUAAAAAGUUGGAGGGGAGGCGGGGGAGCAACUGGCAAGCUUUUAGGCCCUUUUUGGGGAAAUGCGAUUCUGGAGGUCAAGGGGGUGUUGAGGCCUUGUCCAAGGUACACAACGCCGGAUGGGGCAGUACUCGAAGCGGCGCGUACAGGUACUUGCAGGCGCGGGCCAUGCAAGGCGAGACAAGGCUUGCCAGCUUUGCUCCAUCAUCACCUUGCUUUGCCCAUCCCGCAUGCGACUUACACGCGCUCACCUCCCGACAGACCCCUGCGCGUGCGUGUACCGUUGCAGCAGGGCAUCCCGCAAGCGUCAGUACCUGCUACCGCGGCAGCCAUGUACUCGAUACACCGUACCCCGGAUCCUGCAGACGCAAGUGGCUUCAAUGCUCCGAGCAUCUCUCCUGAUGGGACUCCAUGGGGAAAUCUCCAGGCCUGGGGCCAACAGCCUACAGGUAGUACUGCCUAGUACUACCUAUGGACCUAGAGUUGGGCGAGCGUGCAGCAGCAGCAGCAGCAGCAGCAGCAGCAGGAGGAGGAGGAGGAGGAGGAGGAGGAGGAGGAGGAUGACAAGGGACAGGGGUCGGGGCAAGUGAAUCCGGUCUCGUUGUUGCUCUGCCCACCUCACUUCAUGUUCCCACAUGCCUGUCUGGCAGCAGCUUGCCCUGCUCUGCCCUGCUCUGCUCUGCCCUGCUCGAGCCAACCAGCCAGCUGCCCGCCAUCACUCACUACCUACCUACCUACCUACCUACCUGCCUGUCGAUUGGCAGCUGCUCGCACAGCUUCCGGCGUAACAACCACCCGAGCACACAUAUAUAGCCCAUCUCCCUUCCUCUCCUCCCCCCCAAUCCCACUCUUCCUCCUCUUGAAACGCCCCCUUCCUCUUGUCCUCCCCGUCACCAAACCGCUCAUGGUCACGGCCCCUCUCUGCAAGAGUAUCAAAGAGUGACAGCCUCAGCCAUGCCCAUUGGCAACAUCUACGUGAUCGCCGGCGUGUCCGUCGUCGGCGGCGCGUUGUUCGGCUUCGACAUCUCGUCUGUGUCGGCCCAGCUGGCCGAGCAGUCGUACCUCUGCUACUUCAACCAAGAUGAGAAUCCGCCCACCACCGUCGAUGGCACCUGUGGUGGCCCGCGGUCCCUCGUCCAGGGCGGCAUCACGGCCUCCAUGGCUGCUGGGUCCUGGCUGGGCGCCCUGAUCUCGGGUCCCCUGUCUGAUCGCCUGGGCCGCAAGUACUCCAUCAUGGUCGGAUGUAUCAUUUGGGUUAUUGGCUCCACCCUCUCGUGCGCUUCUCAAAACAUUGGCAUGCUCAUUGUCGCCCGUAUCAUCAACGGUCUCUCCGUCGGUAUCGAAUCUGCUCAGGUCCCCGUCUACAUUGCCGAGAUUUCGCCUCCCUCCAAGCGCGGCCGCUUCAUCGGCAUGCAGCAGUGGGCCAUCACCUGGGGCAUCCUCAUCAUGUACUACAUCUCCUACGGCUGCUCCUUCAUCGGCAAGCAGAACCCUCUCGAGUACAACACUGCCUCGUGGCGUAUUCCAUGGGGUCUGCAGAUGAUUCCCGCCUUCUUCCUCUUCUUCAUGAUGAUGCCGCUUCCCGAGUCUCCCCGUUGGCUCGCCCGCAAGGACCGCUGGGAGGACUGCCGCGCCGUGCUCACCCUCGUCCACGGCAAGGGCGAUCCCAACCACCCCUUUGUUGCCUACGAACUGCAGGACAUCAAGGACAUGUGCGAGUUUGAGCGUCGCCAUGCUGAUGUCACCUACCUCGACCUGUUCAAGCCCAACAUGCUCAACCGCACAUUCAUUGGUCUCUUUACCCAGAUCUGGUCCCAGCUGACGGGCAUGAACGUCAUGAUGUACUACAUUGCCAACAUCUUCUCCAUGGCUGGCUACAGCGGCAACGCCAACCUGCUCGCCUCGUCCAUCCAGUACAUCAUCAACGUGCUGAUGACCAUUCCCGCCCUGCUUUGGGUCGACAAAUGGGGUCGCCGUCCCACGCUGCUCGUCGGUUCCGUCCUCAUGGCCCUGUGGAUGUACGCCAACGCGGGUAUCCUCGCCACCUACGGUGAAGUCGUCCCCGGCGGCAUUGAUCACGUCGCUGCCCAGUCGAUGCGUGUCUCGGGCGCCCCUGCCAAGGGUCUCAUUGCCUGCACGUACCUGUUUGUGGCCUCGUUCGCGCCCACCUGGGGUCCCGUCUCGUGGACCUACCCUCCGGAGCUGUUCCCCCUCCGCCUCCGAGGCAAGGGCGUGGCUCUGGCGACUUCCGGAAACUGGGCCUUCAACACGGCGCUGGGUCUCUUCACCCCGGUGGCCUUUGCCAACAUCAAGUGGAAGUCGUACCUCAUCUUUGCCAUCUUCAACACUGUCGCCUUCUUCCACGUCUUCUUCGUCUUCCCCGAGACGGCCGGCAAGACGCUCGAGGAGACGGAGGCCAUGUUCGAGGAUCCCAACGGCAUCAAGUACCUGGGCACGCCCGCGUGGAAGACGAGGGUGGCCACGAGCCUCACGGAGCGUGCCGAGCACGGCGACAUUGAGGCCAAGAUUGGCCAUGACACGGAGAAGCCUCCGGUCCACACUCACGAGGAGGAGAAGGCCAGCACUCCCCCUCCCCAGUAGAUGGGGAUGCGUGAUGAGACAUCUUGAUUCCGAUAUGUAAGGGGAUGUGAUUUGUUGAUACCCGAUGGGAGGUGCUAGCGUUGCCAGAUGUGCAGCGCUUAAUAGUCGUCUAUACCAAUACAUUGCAAUUGCAGUCU